AUGACUGUACCACAGCCUGAUGAAAGGUUCGAGGCGACUUACGCCGUUGAAAUGCACUGCGAAAGUUGUGUCAAGGACAUCAAAUCGUGCCUUUCGUCAAUUCCUAAUAUUUCACUUGGGUUCUACGUUCCUGAAAAGAUGCUAGCAGUUACCGGAACUGUGGCCCCAUCCGUGAUAAUAUCGAAACUACAAGAGUGUGGUAGAGAUGCGAUUAUGAGAGGUAGCGGAAAACCAGAUAGCGCCGCAGUAUCCAUUCUGGAAACAUUUGAGCCCGUAGCGUCGAAUGACACACCAGUGAGAGGAUUGGCUCGCAUAGUAAAUGUGGGACCUUCGAAGACGUGGUUCGACAUUACCUUGAACGGCGUUGAAAAGCCAGGAAAAUACUACGCCUCCAUCAGAAGCAGUGGUGACCUUUCUGAAGGUGCCAAGUCAACGGGUGGGAGCUUCUAUGAGUUCCCAGUCCCCAUUGAAUGCAAUUCGAAAAGUGACUUUGGGAAUAACCUAUACAGCGGACAAGCAUUUUUGAGCUCUCCACUGCAAAUAUGGGAACUCGUUGGGCGUACCUUCAUGGUAACUUCAAGUCCGCAGCAUGAUCCAGGGGCGGGAGCCGAGUUCUGCGGCGUCAUUGCGCGCAGUGCUGGUGCGUGGCAGAACGAUAAACUAGUGUGUGCCUGCAGUGGGAAGACCAUCUGGGAGGAACGUAAAGAUGCCAUUAAGCAAAACAUUACCAAGUAA